GGCUGCUGCCGGUGCCGCCGCCGCCCUCUGAGGAGCGGUGGCUGCUCCUGCCGCUGCCGUUGCCGCUGUCGCGGUCCCGCUUGGCGUGGAUGAGGAGCCGGGCGCGGGAGCCGCCAUGGGCUGGCUGCCGGAGCGGGCCCGGCUGGCGACGGGGCUGCUGGCGAACUUGGUGGCCUCCAUCUGCAUCGUCUUCCUGAACAAGUGGCUGUACGUGCGGACGGGCUUCCCCAACCUGAGCCUGACGCUGGUGCACUUCGCGGUCACCUGGCUGGGGCUCUACGUGUGCCAGGCGCUGGGCGUCUUCGCUCCCAAGAGCCUGCGGCCCCGCCAGGUGCUGCCGCUGGCGCUCAGCUUCUGCGGCUUCGUGGUCUUCACCAACCUGUCCCUGCAGAACAACACCAUCGGCACGUACCAGCUGGCCAAGGCCAUGACCACGCCGGUCAUCGUGCUCAUCCAGAGCCUGGCUUACGGGAAGGUGUUCCCCACGCGCAUCAAGCUCACGCUGGUGAGAAGGGACUUUGGUGUUUUGUGUUGCACAGAAUUUGAUUAAAAAACAUACCAACUCAAUAACUUAAUAGAAGGCAUUAAAAUUACAUGUAACUGUCUUUUGUAUAUAAGCUGGAUGUCACAAGGGAUUGAUGUUUGAUUUCAGUGGGUUGGAGCAAAGCAACAUGAGCUGCAGGUGAACUCUAUGCAGUUGCUGUACUAUCAAGCCCCGAUGUCUUGUGGAAUGCUGUUGUGUGUCGUACCCUUCUUUGAACCCGUAUUUGGGGAAGGUGGGAUUUUCGGGCCCUGGAGCCUUUCUGCUGUGUUUAUGGUGCUGCUCUCUGGAAUAAUAGCCUUUAUGGUGAACUUGUCCAUUUACUGGAUCAUUGGGAAUACAUCACCGGUCACCUACAAUAUGUUUGGACACUUCAAAUUCUGCAUCACCCUCAUGGGAGGGUACCUCUUAUUUAAGGAUCCUUUGUCAAUUAAUCAAGGCCUUGGAAUUACUUGCACUUUGUUUGGCAUUUUAGCUUACACCCACUUCAAACUCAGUGAACAGGAUGGCAGCAAGAGCAAGCUGCUUCAGCGACCGUAAACCAAGUAUUGCUGUAGAUGGCAAACGACUCCUCCUAAUACACUCUGAAGCUGGAUUAGGAAACAGGUGCAUCAUAGCAGUUAAUAAGGUACUGUUAUACGACUCCCUCCAGAAACCAGGUACUACAUAAAAACUGAACUUUUACAAUCUGGGUCUGUGUUUGUGUAAACAACUGCUUUGUUUAAAGGACCAUUCAUUAUUGCAGUGGCAAUUCUAAGAGUACUCCUAUUUAUACCAAAUGAACUCAUCAAGACAGGUAUGAGAUUAAUUGCCAAAGGAAUUCAUUCUGCCCUUCUGAUCAUGUCAGUGUUGUUAUUGUUAGAAAAGUGACUGUCUACUGAUAAUAUAAAGUCAAAUUAACAUUAAUUUGAUAAAUAAUGGGAAACUAAUGGUUCAUCUCUUCUGUUUAUUUUAACACACUUUCUAAAUGGAAUUGUGUUUUAACAUAUCCAGGCAUGGAUAUAUUUUUCCUAUUUUUGAAUCGAUUAUGUAUGUAUUAAGCAAAAUGUUGGAAUUUUGACACUGCUAUGAGUUUGGAACUGUUUAAUCCUUUGCAGCUUGAGCAAGUUUCUAAUCUUCCAGUAUAUUGCAUAGUUCAAUACAGGGCUGGCUCCUGUACCUGGAAAUACUUCUAUUUCUACUCUACUUCAGGACUUUAUAAUAGCUUAUACAAGAGGGCAAUGCUCUUGAUCUACCAUUCUGAGCCAGUGCAGGAGAGGUACUUCCUAAUCUUUAGUUGUAUUUGUAUACUUCCUCGCAGCUGAUGUGUCAAUUCCCAGUGAUGUGGGUCUCCAGAAAAUUCUGAACUGAAAAAUCCUGUGCAGAUAAUGUUAUUUGUAUCAGGAAAAAAAAUCUAUUUGCAUUAGAACAUUUUCUAAUGCCCUAGACUAGAGUGAUAAAAUUUAGUAUGUUUAUUUUACUGCAUGUAGUAAAUAGAAAGACAUUUUAAAAUGUUGCAUGUCAAUUUUAUUUUGUCCCAAUACACAGGUAUUUGAUCUGAAAUAUUUGAGGGAGAAAACUAAAGCACAUGUAAUGUAAAUUACACGUGACAUUACAUAGACAUUUUUUAUUGGAAUACUUGUAAAAAUUAUAAUAGCAUGUACUAGUUUAAAUUUAAGGGGGCAGGAGGAAUAGGAUAGGUGGAAUCCAAUCCUGCCCAUCCGGCUGACCCACCGCUGCUUCCGUUCCUGAGGGCCAGCUCUGCCAGAUUCAUUGCCCUAAUAACCCCCAGCACAUUGAUUUGCAAUGGCAAAUCCUUGCUUGCAGGGACAAGCAUGGAAGUGAGUGGAAGCUGAUUUCUGGGUAGGUUGGUGGAACUGUCUUCUACAGUGGGGCUGUUUGCACAACAGGUUCAGUGGUACUGGCUGCAUGUGGCUGGUUGCCCUUAGAUACUUGCCACUAGUACUUAACAAUAUUGACAAAAUUAAUCUUAGCAACCCAAAAAACACUUCCCGAUAUGCUGCAAACCACAGUUUCUUUAUGACUCAUUGCAUUUCUCUGAGACAUAGUUAUAUUUCAAUGACAUAUAUGUAGUCUCUUACGUACUUGCUUAACAAUAAUCAGUUGAAAAAGAUUAAUCCCAACUAAUACUUGAGUUUGCAAUUGUUUUUUGCAAAAACAUUUGUUUUUACUUGUGAACGUAUGAAAUGGAAAUUUUUCUGCACCUCAUCACUGUAAAUUCCAUGCACAUCCAGCUUUAAACAUAGUACAGAGAUCUGCGCCCUGCUUAAACCACAGCUAAUGCUUAGUAGCACUUUAUUGUAUCACAAUUUUCCAUUGCCUUCAGUCGCCGAAAUCAAAUUUUGAUUAAAGGGGCGUUCUGGUUGGUAUCAGUGGUGCUGUCUGUAUAUCGCAUACCGUGUUUCACUUAGGGGAGGGCUGGGCGGACAUGUCAAUGGCAAAGGGGUGCAAGGGUGACGGAUGUGGUCCCACAGACUGAACCCUUCAAGUAAGUAAAUGACAGCCACCUGAUAGGGUAGCAGAAACUCGUACAGGAAGAUGGGAUUGCUUUAAGAAAAGACAGGCCCUCUGCCUUAAUUGACAAAUGGCAUCAAGUGUCUAUAAAAUUUGAAAGUCAAGUGGCAGAGUAACUUUUUCAGGAAGGGAAAAGUAGGCAUCCUGAGUAGUUAGUUGCUUUCUAAACUAUACUUUGUUUUCUAAUAAAAAUGUUUCAUAACUACUUAGUAUAAUCAUACCUCAAGAAUUCAACAGAAACUGGGAAGUGGCCAGCUGUGAUAGCAUCUGGUCCAGCCACAGUUCUAGAGGAGAAAGUGAAGUUAACUGAAUGGAAUGCUGCCAUUGCUGGCUGGGGAGUGUUGGUUGGUUUUAAAUGCUAGUCAUUUCUUACAGGGGGUCCUAUGACUCCAAAGCUGCAGCUCGUAUUUUUAGAAAUACCAACAGUAUUUAGCGACCCUGUUAAUUCUGAAUUGUUUUUUUCCAGUUAUGUCUCAAAAAAACUUAGCAGUUUUUGUUUCUUUGUAUAUCCUGGCAUCCUGUAAAGCAAGAGUGAUGUGGAACUGUGUGCCUUUACUGUACAGAUGCUAGUUCUGACUGAAGACUGCAACUGUAUAUGCUGUCUGUGUAAAGCUAGAGCAUGGUGCUUUCAGAGAGAAAUUGGCUUGGAAGAUAGGCAACUUCUGCCUCGGAAGCUAUACUGUUCAUUUGACAAAGUAAAAGAAUGACACAGUUUGCUUGCUUAAAAAAACUUGCAUGUCCAAAAGCAGAACUUAACAUACUGCCUAUACAAUAUUUUUAAUUUCGUCAAUGUAGCUAUAGGAAAAUGUGAUAUGAACAAGAACAAAUAAUUAAAUUCUGCAGCUCCUGUAAAAUGGACUGGAUGUCUCCCUCCUCCAGCAAGGUGUCCCUUAAUACCUGUGAUAUGGGCUUAGGAUCCCAUGCAUUCAGUGAUUUGAGCAGCACAGUAUAGAAAAGCCAAUCUCACGUGUGUGACUUGUGCAGUACACCCUAUCUUUGUUUCUUGAUUAUUCAGUUGUCAACCGUUUAACUGCAUCCAAAGCCACAUACCUUCAAUAACCAAUUUUAUAAUGGUUUUGGAAUUUUUGUCAAUAUUAUGAUAGACCAUCUCAUGACCAGCUGUAUCUUAGGCAUUAUGCAAACUUGAGAAUGCUUUAAAUACAUUGUUAACCAUCUGUGAUUUGCAUUAAAAUAGGCUGCAGACAAAUAAGUUCAGAACAGCAUGAUUUUCAAGUGCAUAUUGUUUCAGUGUGCACUGAUAAAGCAAUUUGCAUUAAUUUUGUGCUGUGCACAAGCUUUUCUGAAAAGUAAAUACAUCACACCGAUCUGUUUAGUUAAAAACAAAAGACUAAUUCUGAUGCUUGCAUAAAAACACAAUGUUGCUUUCAACCACAGUGUGGACCGGAAAGCUACAAUGUUCCUGCAAGCCAGUCUUGUGUCUGAAGGGAUAAAGAAGACCAAUAUACCAAGAAUCACAGUUCAGAGUAUUCUUUCCUUUCCACUGAAAUGUUCUCAGAUACAGGAAAGAAUAGUAAAUUUCCUUCCUCAGCUGUAAUAUGGUUGGCAGUUGUAAGAUAGUAAUGUAAAUAUAGUGUACAGCAAGAAUGUAUAGCAUUCAGUUAGAAUGAUCCAAAUGGCAGUCUGCACUGGAUUUGCUCUUCCUAGUCACAUGAAUGUAAAAUAAAAUAUACAAGGUUAUUUAAAUAUAUGCCACCCAAAUAUUCAUAUCCUGUAGUAAACGAAGUUUUUUCUAUGGAAAGCCUUUUGGUUUUGCUUAUGAAUAAAAUCGUUCUUUGUAUUAGC